AUGGCCGAGCCUCCGCGGGCAAUGGUCCGCAUACCCAUGAGCCAAGUCUCGUUCUCGCCAUGGCGGAAUCCGGCCACAAGCGUGCAGCAAUAUUAUGGCCAUGGGGUGCAGCACCAUGCAUUGACCGGGCAAGCUCCAGACAGCUACCAGUGGGCUGAGGAAGACGACGACGACGACGAGGACUAUGACGAGGACGAUGACGAUUAUCCGAACGAAUAUGCAAGUAGCAGAAUCCGCGCCACGCCCGCCGCCGGCGACUCCAGCUCCUCGGGCCACUCCGCUGACCAUUGCUCUUGCAUCGCUCAACAGGAUGAAUACUACGAUCACGAAGGUAGGCCGCCCGCGGCGCCCGAGGCUCCCGAGCCCCCUGCACCAGCCAGCGGGCCGCCGCCCAUGGUCAUCGACGUUCCGCCACCUCCGCCGCCUCCGCCGGCAGUCCCUGGAGACGACGGCGGCGUGUUCAUCGUUCCUCCUCCUCCUCCUCCGCCUCCGCCUAUGCUUGGCGACGGCCUCAUCCCGCCUCCACCGCCACCCGUGCCCGUCCCUCCGCCGGGUGAUGAUGCAUCUGUAACGGUAGCUCCCACAUCCCCUACGCUCAGCGUCAAGAGCGUGCAUUUUCCAGAUGACUUACGAGAUCCAAAGACCGGUGGUGCCAUGCCGGUGAGGAGCAACAGGCACAGGUUGCUUCCGCCUGGAGUGCAGAUGAAGAUGGUGACUCCCCAGCCGCAGAAGAGGCUGCAUGAGGGUCCGACGAAGAAGGAGAAGCUGGAGUUGGACAGGAAAAAGCGAGAGGAGCAGGCUCAGAAGCGCAAAGAAAAGGAAGAGGCGCUGGCGCGAGAGAAGGCCAAGCAGAAGGAGGUGGCGAAUAGGAAAAAGGAGAGGGAGGCUGAGCUGAAGAAGAAGAAGGCCGAAGCUAUUGCCAAGAGGAGAGAAGAGGAGAAGAAGAGAUUAGAGGCGCGGGUCAAGAUGACCAAGAAAGGUAAGAAGGGUAAACAGGACGACCAAAAGGCUGAUGAUGCGCCGAAAGAAGAGGAUCCUGUUAUAGUAGUGGACGUCGGAGGUGAUGGCGAAGUCGACGAUGCAGACGUCGUCGUCGUUGAUGUGGGGGCCAGUCCCGACCCCCCUGCCGAUGCGGAGCCAACCAGCGCUGAGGCCCCAGCGCCACCAGAACCCGAGGCUCCAAGUGUCCCAGAGGAGCCGGAGAGUGGCUCGGUUGAUGCUGAGCCCGGCCAAAGUGAUGACGCUGCCCCCGCUGCUGACCCUGAGCCUCCAAAUCCACCUGAAGAUCCAGCUCCGGAUGGAGAAGCCGAGGCAGGACUUCCAGAGACUGCAGAGCCACCGGAGAAUUCUGAAGGUCAGGCCCCCGACGGGGAGCCAAGUGAUUCUGCACCAGAAGCAUCAGAUCCGCCGCCUCCAAAUGACGACCAGACGGGUGGUGAUGACAGCUCUACACCGCCGGCUGCCCCUGAGCCUUUAACCGAAUCCACACAAGCAGCUGCUGAGGGCGAAGGAAGUUCGGAGCAAGCAACUGAUGCCGAAGGUCCAACUGAAAAUGGAGAUAAUGGCGCCGAACCCGAACCCACAGCAGCGCCAGAACCUCCAGAGAAUCAAGAUUCGAGCGCCAACGACGACGCGAACGAGACUUCUCCAGCGGCACCCGAUGAUCCACCAGUGGCCGAAGGUGACGGCGAUCAGGGCGGAGCAGGUGCAGAAUCAGACCCUCCAGCUGGAGAUCCUAGUUCUGUAGAGCCGAAUGAAAAUGAGGCGUCAGAUAAUCCAGCAGAUACCGCUAAUUCGGAACCGCCCCCUGCCGGCCCCGAGCCGCCACAAACUGAAGAAAGUGCCGUACCCGCUGAUUCCACUGAAGAUCAAAAUACAGGAGACUCGGGUCCAGAUGACAAGCCAGUUGAGGUAGAGGAAACAUCCCCGCCGGCGGCCGAUUCGCCUACAGACUCGCCUGUUGAUGAGAGCAAUGCGGGCCAAGCCGAAGAGACCGCAGAUUCAAGCCCGCCGGCGGAAGUGAGUGAACCCGGUCCAUCAUCGGAGGACGACAGCGCACCAUCAGCCGCCCCCGAUCCGCCAGAAGAUGGAGGCAAACCAGAAACUGGGAAUGAUGACGACGGUUUCGAGCCAGUGGAACCUGAAGGAGCUGCCUCGGAUCAUGUUCCGGCUUCUUCUGAAGAGGCAGAGUCACCGCAGGAGGGUGAUGCACCGGACGGGGCCACCGAGGACAGUCCGAGCGCGAAGGAAGAGGCUGAGGGGUCUGGCGAGGCAGAAGCAGAUCCGGCAACCGCAAAUGCUGCAGAAAACGAAGGACCCGGUGAAGAAUCACCGGAGCCAAGCGGCGAUGCACCCACUGCGGAAGUCGAAAGUGGUGGUGAUGGUGCUGAUGGUGGAAACGAGGAAAACCAGCAAACGGAGUCUAGCAGUGACGCACCCCCUGAGACGUCAGACCCACUAGAGAGCACUGAGGAGCAUCCGGCCGCUACUGUCACCGCUGAUGAUACCAAGGGCGAUGACAGUAGUAGCGAGGAAAAGCAGGCCCCCCCUGAAGCGGACCCAAGUGACCCUGCGACUGACCCAAAGACGGAUUCCGAUGCCUCGAAGCCCGCUGAGACCACUGAGGAGGAGGCCGCACCAACGGAACCCGCCCCGAGUAAUGACCCUCAGCCCGAAUCUGCACAAGAAGGCGACUCGCAGCCUCCAGCGGCUCCAGACGGCGGCGACGUUGAGCCCGAGGCCACACCUGAGGGUGAAGCCGGCGAUGACGCUCAAGCAUCCUCCCCCGAUGCGCAGACUGGUGAGUCUGAAGGGGGCAGUGAAGCAGUCGAGUCUCCUGGUGAUCAGCCCGCUGACGCCGCCCCGGCGUCUGAGGAGCCGGGAAAUGGUGACGGGGAGGAUGAGCCGCAGAAUGAACCCACUCAGGAUGAAGCAGCUGAAGGUUCCGAAACGCAAGAAAAUUCUGGAUCUUGUGACGGCUCGAAUGGCGAGACAGAUCAGGCGGAUGGCAAGGGUGGCGAGGUACCACAGGAUCUACCGAAGUCGGAAUCUGCCGAAGAGCCUGGUCCAAGCCAGGAGACUUCGAAUCCGGAGGAUCCUGACAAGGAGGGUGAAGCACAGGGAAAUUCUGAGCAAGAGGCUGCUACACAGGAGACCACCGAGCCCGAGAAAGAAACUCCCGCUGAGGAGAGUCCGAAAGACGAGUCUCCGGAAGAUGAAGGGCCAAAGGAUCAGGGCUCGGAAGACGUCACGCCUGACCAACCUGUUGAAAGUUCAUCCGCAGGCGAUGGCGAUGCUCAGGAGCCUAAUACACCUGAUUCUGUGGGUGGCGAAAAGGAAACAAAGACAGAAGAUAUGGCCGAGUCGCCAGACCCACCAACAGAGCCCGAGAAAAUCGAGGAGGCUCCGGUGGAGGAAUACACGGACUCUGAUCGACGCAUCGCGGCAGAGGUGAUGGAUGACGAAAAGAAAGCGAAGGAAGCGAAAGAGCGCGAAGAAGCAGAAGCGGCCGAAGCAGCAGCAGCAGCGGCUAAAGCAUUGGAGGACGCGGCUGCGGAGGAGAAGCGAAAAGAAGAGGAGGCCGCGAAGCAGGCAGAUGAAUCUUCCCCACCUGAUUCUUCGGAGCAAGUGCCGAGCCCAGAUGAUGCCUCCGUGAAGCCAGAAGAGGACGAGAAAGGCGAGGAUGCGACGCCGCCGAGUGAUAGUCCUGCUGCCCCAGAGCAAAAUUCCACAGAUGAGGCUCAGCCUGGAGAAGGAAUUUCUGAUGAAACUCCGGCUAUAGCGCCAGAUGGCGAUCCUAAAGACGAUCCGGACAUGAAUGGUGGCUCUGUCGAAGCGCCAACUGAGGAACCAGAGCAGCUGGAAGGCCAAUCUGAGGAAAGCCAAGCAGCAGCCGAUCAACCUGAGCAAAUUCAGACAGAGGAGAGCAGCGCUGAGCCGAGCAAGGCAGAAGAAUCUCAGCUCGAAAAGGCCGAUUCAAAAGCUUCCAAAGAGCAAGAAUCAGACAGCGGAGCCGAGACUAAGGCUGAGCCCUCUGCUGAAGACAAAAAGGAUGGUGAAGGCGUCGAGGAUCCUCCAAAUGGCGAAGCCACGCAAGGUGAAAUUACGGAAAGCGGAGCUACUGACGGUUCGAGCUCGGCAGACCCAACGCCUACUGAUUCUGGAGAGCCUCUUGCGCCAAGCAAUGCAGAUAAUGUGGACCCGGCAUCUGAUAACGGGCCGCAAGAUCCACCUACUGAGGAAAGCAGUGGCGAUCCGCCCAGCGCUGAUGACAAGUCGUCUAACACACCAUCUGAGGAUGAAUCCAGCGAAAAUAACGAGAAGAACGCUGAAGGCAAAGACUCACUGCCCGCCCCUGCGGAACCCAGCGGAGCUUCAGAAGAUGACGGAAAGCCUGCUGAAAGCAGCGAGCCGGCAUCAGAGACCACCCCAGAGGCCGAAGUCGACGGUCCUGAUCCGUCUGAAGAUGCCCAGAAGGACGCAGAGAGCAGCGAAGCGCCAGCGGAAGGUGAGACCGCACCAGACCCCGAGACAAGCGCAACAACCGAGGAGCCCAGCAAUCCGCCCGAUCCCGAAGGCUCAACCGAGAGCGCCCCGGCCGCCCAAGGCAGCGGUGACGGCGGCGAUGACAACAACGCAGAAGCUCAGCCGGCUGAAGUCACGCCCGAAGAUGGACAGGCUGCCGAGCAACCCGCUGAGGUCCCCGCUGAUGCCCCCGCUGAGGCCCCCGCUGAGGAAUCGACCGACGUCCCAGCUGAUUCCAGCAUCGAGCCGACGCAGGACACCACCGCGGAUUCGAGCGCUGCCCCACCGACGGAAGACACGCAGCCCACCGAAGCAGCAUCGGAACCGCAGCAAGCAGUUCUCGAAGUCAGCAAGGAGGAGGAGGAGGAGGAGGAGCCCGUGCGUCGCGAGGAGGCGGCCGCGGACGCGGACGCGGAUGCUGCGGAGGGCCUGGAAGAGAAGGCCAAUGACGAUUCUGUGCCGACGGGUGGUGAGGAACAGCCGCCGCUGCCGCCGCCUCCGAGCGAGGCCCCUGUUCAGGAGGAGUGUCCGACCGGUGGUGAAGGUGCCCCGGCUGCUGCUGUCGAAGAGACCCCGACUGCUGCUGCUGCUGCUGCUGCUGCUGCUGCUGAGGAGGAGGUCCCCCCGGCUACUGGUGAAGAAGCCUCUGCCGCUACUGGUGAAGAAGCCUCUGCCGCUACUGGUGAAGAAGCCUCUGCCGCUACUGGUGAAGAAGCCUCUGCCGCUACUGAAGAGGCCCCGGCCGCUGUCGAGGAAACUCCAGACGCUGCCAAAGAAGCCCCUGCUGCAGUCGAAGAGACUUCAGCCGUGGCCGAAGAGACGCAGGCUGUUGACGAGGCUACAGCAGCUGCUGAAGAGGCCCCAGAAGCCGUUGACAAGACUCCAUCUGCUGCUGAAGAGGCACCUGCUGCCGUUGAAGAGGCCCCCGCGGCUGUCGAGGAGACUCCGGCUUCUGGCGAGGAAAACCCAGCUGUUUUAGACGAAGCCCCGGCUGCUACCGAGGAGGUGCCCGCUGCUGUUGAGGAGGCCCCGGCUGCUACUGAGGAGGGGCCUGCUGCUGUUGAAGAGGCCCCGGCUCCUGCUGAGGAGGUGCCCGCUGCUCUCGAAGAGGCCCCUAUUACUGAUGAAGAAGCUCGGACUGCUUCCGAGGAGCCGUCGGCCCCCGUUGAAGAGUCUCAGGAACCGCAGGAGGCACCGGCAAUUGAAGAAGAACCCAAGUCCGUUGUCGAGGAACAAGAGCCUUCAGAAGAGCCUGAAUCGGUGGCCGAGGAGUUCCCUGCUAUGGAAGCUCCCGGGACAAUAAUCGAGGCAUCUACAGCUGAAGUGGAUGCUGUCCCGGCGCUUGAGGCUUCGAGCCACAGGCGUCGCAGCUCCAUUUCGUCUCCCAACGCUUAUGUGCGCUCAAGACGGAUGAGUGAUGCCAGCGAGGGCAUAGGAUCUAGUGGAAAGGGCUCAUCUAGCCAAGGUAAAGAGAAGCGCAGUUCUCACAUUCAGGGCGAGGUCCGUGAACACAGGAGCAGGGAGCACAAGUUGAAGCGGUCAUCCGCUACUGUCUCUGACCGGGACAAGGAGAGGAGGGAUCGUAGAGCGUCCGCCCUCGUCGAUGAUACCGGCGAGGAUACUGAGGCGAGGCGGGAAAGGCGUCGGAAAGAACGGCGCAGACGCGAACGCGAAAAGGAGAAGGAGCGUGAGGCGCAGGAGGAAGAAGAGCGUAGAAAGCGACACGAAGAGCACAAGGCUGCGCGAAAGGCCGAGGAAGAACGUCAAAAGCAGAAGGAUGAGGAGCGAAGAAAGAGACGGCGCGCAGAGAAGGAGGCAGAGAUUGCCCGUUUGGCGGUGGAAGAAGCGAAGAAGUUGGAAGAAGCAGAGGAUGAAGCCCGCCGCCAACGUCGUAAGGAACGUCGACACAAGGAACGGCGACAGUCUACCAUGGAAAGAGAUGACCUGCCUGCUGAGGCUUUACCGUCGCCAACUAUUGAGGCCAAGGAACUCCGCGGAGAGCUCCCACCGCCUGCUCCGCGCCGCCGCAACACUGAAGUCCACACUCGUGCCACCAGCCCUAAACGCCCCAGUACGGGAAUCAUGGGUCUUUUCAGCCGCUCCAACACGACGCCCGACAAAUCCGGGGACAAGGAUCGCCUCGUCCGACCCCGCGACAAAGGCAAAGGACGCGAGCGCGAGUCCGCCCACCGCUCUUCCCGCCGCACUCACGAGCAGCGGACGCCCAGCGAGGAAGAGCGGCAUCGCCGCCGCAAAGCCGAACGCCGCCGCGCGGGAGAGUACCCGCCCACGCCUCCGCCCAUAAGCGAGGAAGACCGCGGCCGAUCGGAUGACUUUUCGAUUUCAAACGAGACGGGGACGGCCACGCCUCCCCCGUCGCAAGAGCCCAUCCCCGACUCCUUGCCCUCUCCCGUCGACGAGUUGCCGGAGCGCAAGCUCGACGAGAGCAUGUUCGAAUGGAUCCAGGCCGCGGAGGGGGCCGGCGGUGGUGGUGGAGACGUCAGCGUCGACGAGAGCAGGGCGGAGAGCAGCAACGCCGGCGUCAUCGGCGGCGGCGGCGGUGGUGGUGGUGGAGAAGGAGGAGGAGGAGGAGGAGGAGGAGGAGGAGGAGGAGGAGAAGGCGCAAACAGCAACAGUGGCGGGUCGAGCGAGCGGAGGAAGAGACAUUCUUCGCGUCGGCAUUCGCACGCGGCUCAUUCUUCGCCUCAUCACCACCGCAGCAGCAGGCGAGAAAGCAGGCUGCAAGACUCGGCACCCGGCAGCUUUGAGGAUCUACCACCGCCGCCGGCGCCGCCGACGUCGUCUAGGGCGGCAGCGGAGAGGACGGAUAGCGAUAGGACUCGGCGACAUCAUGGCGAGCGGGAGCGGGAGCGAGAGCGGGAACAUCGGAGCGGCAGGACGAGAGAGGAGAAGGAUAGGGAUAGGCAUAGAGAUCGGGAGCGUGAGCGUGAGCGUGAGCGUGAGAGAAGGGCUACGGAUGACGGCGAGAGACGCAGAAGGAGAGAAAGCGCGGCUAUGGAUCCUGCUGCCGCCGCGGCUUCCAGGGAGCGCAGGCGGGACGAUCGAGACAGGGGCGGUGCCGAGCCGCGGGAACGGAGCGAGCGGCAUCGGCAACAUGGAAGCGGUAGCGGCGGCGGCGGCGGUAAGUCGUCUAGGGACAAGGACAAGGACAAGGAUAGGUCGUCGAAGGAUGGUUCGAGUAAAGGGGGUGGUGGCAGUGGUGGUGGUGGGUUGUUUGGGUCGUUGAGGAAGUUGGUGAAGACUUGA